UUGAGCUCAGUUAUUAAGAAGCUUUGUUGUAAGUCGGUUCAAAAAUGUUAUUCCUUUUGAGAGCCAUCGUUGUGCUCGCUCUUUUGCACUCCUUUGGACACACGCAAAAUGCAGACGAUCAGCUGGUGAUCAAAGUAAACCCAUGCGAUAGCUAUUGCUUCAAUGUGUUGAAGCCCAUGUUGGAGCACAUAUCCAUUAUGCAAAAUCGGUGGGAAGAAUGCGGAGCAAUGAAAUCGGCCAAUGCCAGCGACAGACUGGAUAAAAUUGAGCAACAGUUGCUGGCACAGCAAGCAAUUCAAGCGACAAAUGCAGCAGCUAUUCAGGAAAAUAAACAGAAUUUGACGGACCAAAUGAAGUCAAUUGAAAAGUAUAAGCGGGAAUUGCGAAAACCCUUUGAGAAGAUCGGAUCUGGAUAUUAUUACAUCGAGAAUGCGAUGAAACUCAGUUGGUUUGCAGCCGUCCACACAUGCCAUCGAUACGGUGGACAUUUGCUUGAGCUGAAUAAUCGCGAGGAACUGGAUGCACUCAUUCCGAAACUGCAUAAAGAUUACUCUUAUUGGAUUGACAUCAAUGACCUCAGCCAUGAGAAUGAAUUCCUUUCGAUGACAACAGGCCUGGGGGCAGAGUUUCUCAACUGGAGAACUGGGGAACCGAAUAAUGCACAGCAAUUGGAGCAUUGCGUGAAUAUGUUUGGAAUAGGUUUUCAAAUGAAUGACUUUAAAUGCGGCGCAGAGACGUAUUUCAUCUGUGAGUCAUUUGAGGAAUAAAACAAUACAUAAUAUGCGAGUGUACAAAAUAAAAAAUAAAUAAAUGUCUUAUGAAUUAUUACAAUAUGGAAAUAGCAU